AUGAGUGGGUUGUCACGAUUGAUGGGAAAAUGUGUUUCUGGAGUAUCUGUAACACCAAAAAUGGUCCGAAACGGAGCAUUUUUGGCUAGUACAACGUUGAUUUUGAGCUACGCAAUGUGGGAUCACAAAACGGUGUCUUGUGAGGGCGUGAAGGGCAUCAGACAGUACAGUUCGAAGCCACAGGAGCGGGAAGGCGUCAGCAGCACGAUAUCACUGCUUUCGGAGCGGGAAGUGACGCAAAGAUUGCGUCAGAUGGACCAGAGUUAUUUCGUGCAAAGAGGUCGGGGAGUGGUCAGAUACGACACCGCUCAAUUGCCGUCCAAUGCCCCUAUAGAGGACACCCAUGUGGAACAGGUAAUCACGGUGCCCGGAGCACCUCAUAGCAGCGAUGAAGACCUGUAUUUUUUCGGUAUUUUCGACGGCCAUAGCGGUCCCUACACCAGUAGCAAAUUAUCGCAAGUUUUGGUCCCCUACGUGGCGCAUCAGCUGGGACAGGUAUAUAGUAAUGAGGAGGCAUCUUCUGAGGCCAUCAAUAGGGCCAUUGUGUCGGCUUUUGUCACGCUGGACCGCGAUUUGGUGCUUGGAUCGCUAGGCACGUUGUUCAAGGACCCUACAAAACCCAACUUGAUCAAUGCAAUGCCAGCGAUCUCUGGGUCGUGUGCGCUCUUGACCAUGUUCGAUUCUGCCACUUCCACGGUCAAAUGUGCCGUCACUGGGGACUCCAGAGCACUUUUGGGGUCUCUUGACGGUCAAGGCGUUUGGUCCAUUAAACCACUUUCAAUAGAUCAAACCGGCGAUAGUCCCUUGGAAGUGGAACGUAUUCGAAACGAACAUCCAGGGGAACCCGGUGCGGUUCGCAACGGACGCAUUCUUGGGUCUUUGCAACCUUCAAGAGCAUUUGGCGAUUAUCGUUAUAAAGUGAAAGAAAUAGCUGGGAAAACUGUCAAAGAUUUGCCAGACCACUUAAGGGUAUAUUUCCGUCGGGAACCCAGAGACUUGAAGACACCACCUUAUGUCACCGCAGAACCUGUCAUCACAACAACUCCUAUUGACGCCAAUGCCAAAUUUAUGGUUUUGGCCUCCGACGGGUUGUUCGAGUUGCUAGACAACGAAGAGAUCAAGGAUUUGGUAGUCAACUGGAUAAACAGGGAAAGGGGCAAAAGCACAACCGCGAAAAAGUCUAACUGUUUCCUCGAAGACAAAAACGCUGCUACGCAUUUGAUUCGGAACGCACUGGGCGCUGGCGGCCAGCGUGACUACCUUUCAACACUUGUUAGCAUCCCGGCGCCCAUGAGUCGCAAAUACCGAGACGACCUCACGGUCACCGUUGUUUUUUUCGGGCAGGAAACCACAGAUGCAAAGGGAGAUCUUACAUUGAAUCUCGAUGCUACUACUGCACCCAAGCCCAAGCUUUGA